AUGGCUGAAGAAGAAUUUCAAGAGUCAGAUGUGUUUUGGCCACAGCAAUCACACCCGAGAGAGAAUCGGCUUUACCGCAGCGUUUUCCAAGACGAGAACGUCAAUCCAGCCGAGAUGUUCAUCAACACCAACAACAACUCUGCUGCUGCUCAACAUAAUUCGGGUCAACUGCGGAAGAAGAAGAGGAGCAAGCGGAGCAACUCAUCUCAUUCCCUUCCGGUUACAAUCCCCUGCAACUUGAACCAAGGGAGUAAUAAUAACAAUUCGUCAUUUCAUUACUCGGAUUCAAAUGAAAGUGACGACGAACUCGAUGAUGCAGAAAUGAUGCCUCCUCACUUGAUGGUCGCCGGCAGAUUGACAGAUCAGAUGGCUUUCUCUGUCUGUACAGGCAAUGGGAGAACUCUCAAAGGUCGUGAUUUGAGCCGAUUCAGGAACUCCAUUCUCAGAAUGACUGGUUUCCUCGAGACUUAA